AUUUGACAUUUGUUCUGAAUUCGUUUCUCUUUCCACAGUGGUUAAAUUAUGAGUUUCGUAAUAAACCGAAACACGUUAAUAUUCUAUUUAUUCCUUACAAAUUCUAAAGGGGACAUUAAAAUUGACUAAUAGUAGACCUACAAGAUCGCGUGUAAAAUAUUUGGUGAAAAGUUUGCCUCAACAUGGAAUACCAGGAUCAGAUAGAUUACAAUAAUAUUAUUGAUACAUUGAUAAACACAUUCGGUGAAGUUUUAAGCAGAGAUGUAAUGUAUAAUAUCAUUGAAAACUUUGAUGGCGACCUUGAAGAAUCUGCAAAUGCUAUAAUGAAUAUUGUAAUGGACGAAAAUAAUGAUGCAGUAACAAAUGCACAGCCUGAUAUAAGUUCAACUGCCUUAGAGCAAGAAGUAACAGAAGCUAAGCAAAUAAAUACAUAUAAUACUGGUUCAGAUAUAAAUAAUGAAACAGCCCCUGAAGUUGCUGCAUGCAUGCUACCUGCCUUUUCAUACGCUGGCGCUUCUCUGCCAACAAAACCGCCAGCACAUCAGGCUACAAAAUCACCUGGCACUCCAGAUAAGUCACAAAAUUUUUGGACUGUAGAGCAAAAAGUAACACAAGCUAACCAAACAGAUACAUAUAAUACUGGAUCAGCCAUAAAUAAUGAAACAACCCCUGAAGUUGCCGCGUGCAUGCUACCUGCCUUUUCAUAUGCUAGCGCUUCUCGGCCAACAAAACCGCCAGUACAUCAGGUUAGAAAGUCGCCUGGCACUUCAGAUAAGUCACAAAAUUUUUGGACUCCGCAGCUGAAAAAGAUUUUGUUACAUCAUGAAAAUGGUGCAUGCACAUUGAUCAUUAUGCGAGGUUUACCAGGAAGUGGAAAAACUUAUCUAGCUAAAAAGAUUAUUGAUGCAAUUUACUACACAACACAGCAACAUUACCAUACACAUAUAUUGAGUACAGAUGAUUAUUUUAUGUGCAAUGGCGUAUACAUGUAUGAUAAAUGGAGAAUUCCAGAGGCACACGAAUGGAAUAAAAACAGAGCUAGAAAAGCCAUGACAGAAGGACUUAGUCCUGUAAUUAUAGAUAACACCAAUAUUGAAAUUUGGGAAAUGGAGUACUAUGUGGUGCAAGGAGUUAGUAAUGGAUAUAUUAUUGAAGUUGUAGAGCCAAAUACACCAUGGGCAAGAAAUGCUUAUCAACUAUUCAAAAGAAACUCUCAUAAUGUGCCUUUGGUCGCUCUUCGAAGAAAGUUGGAUUCUUUCCAGGGUGGCAUAACUGGUGACUAUUUAAUGCAUCAAUUUAAAUUACAAUAUUCACCUAAUAAUACUCCACCUGUUUUAAGAAAAAUUCCACCAUUUUCAUCAAAAUUAUCAGAAGAGUCUGUAAAUUUAGAACCCAUUGAAAGUGUAUGUAAUGAAACCAUUUCAUUGAAUGAAAUACAGAAAAGCGAUCAUGAAAAUACACAAAGUUGUUUGACAGAAACGACAGCCCCUGCUGCUGAAGUUUCUAGUGACACUGUAGACCACUCUGAAAAAUUGGCACAUUCAUCUAUUAAUUUGGAAAAAUUAGCUGAAAUUGAGAAAUGUUUAGAAGAAAUGGAGAAAGUGGAGAAAGAGUGGGAUGAUGGAGAUGGCUGGGAUGAUAAUUCUCAACAAAAAAGUCAAGAUAGCGCAAACUCUGAUUCUGUUAUUAAUUCGAAACCGCAGAGAGAAAAUAAGAUGACAAAUGCUGCUACAACUGAAAAGUUUCUAACUUCCAAUGAAGUGUGUCAAGAUUGGAGCAAAUGUUCAAUGUUUUUACCAUCUUGGGGAGAAAGUAGCACGCAGGUGGAAACUUCUAUGCCUGUCGUAGAGAAAAAAACAAGCAGUACUUGUAUAGAAUACGGCGAUACAGACAUGUCCACUUCAAAAAAUCCUCUGAAAGUUAUUAUCGGUGUUCCUAGAAAUAUCAAUGAAUAUCAUAUUGCAGUAGAUAAGAAAAUGCCAGAAAAGUGGAUGCUUGAUAAAAGUACUUCCACAAAUAAUGAAAUAUUAACUGAUACUUUUAGAUGUCAAAAUGAAGAGCAGCAUUUUGCUGCAUUUAGAAAACUUUUCAAAAAUAUAGCCAGAUCUGACUUGAGGGAUAUCUUUGACAAUUGCUGUGGCGAUGUUAACUGGGCUGUAGAAAUUGUCCUCGAUGGUGUAGCCAGCAAUCAAUUAGAUAUUGUUAAUAAUGAUGAUUGCUCAGAUACUGAGAUUGACGCACAAAUUGAUAACGUAGAUCUGUGCCAAUGUUUGUCGGCAUAUGAUAUAAUACCAAAUUCAUCGUCGCCACCUAUAAUUGAGGAGAAUGUAAAUCCUAUUGAUAAUGCUCCUUCAUCAUCAAGAUUAAAAGGCAAAAAAGGAAACUCCGUUUCUGAAAAUUCCAUGCAAUUAAAACGACAAAUAGAGCAGAAUGUAGUCAUAUCAGACAAUCAUUACUCAGAACAUUGCUUAAAAAUUAGAAAAUUUCGCAGAGGUGAAUGUUAUAAUGAGGAAGUGGAAAAUGCAAAUGGAGACGAAAGUAACACAACACUGAUAUCAGCACUGGAUAGGUAUAUAACAGGAAGUGAUUUUACAAGUACCUCACCUAAUGUACAGCAUUCUCCAUGUCAUAGCACACCAAGCACUUCAAAAGUUGAAAAUGUUAACACAGAAAUGUGUGAUGAAGAUUCAUCUGCCUCAGAUGAAAUUGAAAAAACUGUAAAUGUUAAUUUGGGUAGAGAAUUUAUAGCCCAACUGGAUGAAAUGUUUGGACGUCGUAACAUGGAUUACCCUGCCAGUGUGAUACCUAAAGUAAAUAUGCCGGUAUCUCUUUUGAAUGAAAUCAAUGCAUUGUGGAUGGAGUCGCUCAUGAACCAGCUUGAAGAAGAUGCUAAACAAUCUGAAAUUAUGGUUCAACAGGAUGAAGAGUUUGCUAGGCAAUUAGCAAUGAAAGAAGCAGAAUUGUUACGAUCAGGAAAAGAGCCCGAAGUGCCCGAUUUCAAGGAGAUAAUGGAUAUGGAUUUUGCUCUAUCAUUAUACCAUAAAGAUGUAGCCGAGUGGCGUAACACUAUGCCAGAUGAUUUAGCUGCUAAGCUUACAAGAGAUAAGUUGUAUAACUUAUUCCCUGAAGUAUCCAAAGAUAUCUUGUCUGAACUGCUUAUGGCUCAUGAUAAUAAUUUUCAAGAAACUGUCGAGGGUCUAUUGAUAUCUACAGGAAAGUCCGAAAUCCUUGAAAGAAAGAAUGGCAUCAGUAAAUUCGUUAUGGAGAAAGAAAUGGAGAGGCAAGAGAAGUUGCUCGAAGAGGAGAAGAAGACUUUAUCGGAGGUGGAAUGGCCGCUGCUGCCGAAGAUCGAGCAGGUGGACAUGUCGGUCGUGCAGCGGUACCGUGAUGAGGCUGAAAAACACUUGCAGUCGAGAAACAUGAAUUACCAGAAAGCUGAAGAAUACAUAAGGCGGGGUAUUACACAAGUCGCCACCUAUUACAAUGGGAUUGCUGCUUAUCAUAAGGAAAAAUAUGAAUUGGCCAAUAGCAUGGCAGCUGCCACACUUAUGCAAGUUCACGCAGCCAACGCGUCUGACAACGCAACAAUAGACCUCCACUACCUGAGGGUAGGCGAAGCUAAGGAGUCCGUGGAUCUGUUCAUCGAUACGCACAUACAGAAGUUGAGAGAACUGCAGGAUAGGAACAGUGUCAAGUUCCAUACGCUGUUCUUCAUUACCGGCAGGGGUCUUCACAGUAGCGGUCGGCCUAGGAUCAAACCAGCUGUCAAGAAGAGACUAGCAGAAAGGGGUUUAACCUUUAGUGAGAGAAAUCCAGGCUUGCUUACUGCUAAGGUUUGCGCUGAUGACAAAUUGUCGUACCAGGUCGCUUAGUGCCAAACGGAUUCGCCCGAACAGGGGCGGUUGCCGGAAUACUGACACUACAACAGGACGUACAGCGUCCGGUAUUAUACGAAUUGUUUGGUGUACACGCCAUAUCCGUACUGCAAUUGGACUAUACGCCCCAUCUUGAAUAGGGUCGUGUAUGUCGAUAUGUUCACAGGCCCAAGGGCGUCGAUAUUCUUGUACAGACACGGACCGUUAAUUUAGAAUACAAGUGUUUUUGAUGUUCUAUGUAUUUCGUAGUAUACAAGCAUGAAAUCUGCUUAAAGCUAUCGCCGAGAACGGAGAAGGCUGGGGAAGAUGCUAUUAAGAGUACAAUUUUAUAUUCGUCGUCAAUAAAUCCAUAGAGUAAAUUAGUCUAAUUAUUUGGCGGAUUAUUACAUAGGUGCGUUGUGCUAAAUAUAAUUUUGAAGUUUUCGGUGGCCAAAUACAAAACUUUUGGCUUGCAGUAUGCAUAAAAGUAUUCUUUUUUGGUCGAAUUAAAAUUAUUGUGAGUGUGACAAAUGAAUGUUUCUUGGCUUAUUGUAAACUGGAUGGCGGACGCUCAAAAAUUAUUACUCUAUAGAUUUUUUAUUUAUUUUAAUUGCCAAUUUACCAAUAGGGUAGUCAAAAACUCUCACAUGCAGAGAAAUAUGUAAAAAAAACUCUGAAUUUUAAAGAAAAUGUAUAUAAAUUGUUAAUAGAUUAUAAGUACCUAGGUAGUCCAUGAAAAUCAAACGGCUAUUCUUUACCAAUUAUCUUGGAACAAAUGCUGUUUUUCUAUUCAUGAAAAAUGCAAGUAUAUUUUAAACU